AUGACCCAGGAUCUACUUCUCAACACUACCUGGGAGAGCCUGAACUCGUCCAAUUCCUUAAGACUGCAAGAAAAUCCUUUGACCCACCAGAACAUCACUUAUGUCGACUUCUACCUCCACAAGCCCUCUGUGGCAGCAGUCUUCACGAUCUCCUACCUGCUCAUCUUUGUGGUGUGCAUGGUGGGCAAUGGUGUGGUGUGUUUCAUUGUGCUGCGCAGUAAGAACAUGCGCACCGUCACCAAUCUGUUUAUCCUCAACCUCGCCAUCAGUGACCUGCUGGUUGGCAUCUUUUGCAUGCCAACCACUCUGGUGGACAACAUCAUAACAGGAUGGCCAUUUGGUAGUGUGGUGUGCAAACUAAGUGGGAUGGUUCAAGGAAUAUCUGUGUCAGCAUCUGUGUUCACUCUAGUGGCUAUAGCUGUUGACAGGUUCCGCUGCAUUGUCUACCCUUUCAAGCAGAAGCUGACCAUCGCCACCUCAAAGCUAAUUAUCGUCAUCAUAUGGGUCCUGGCUGUGUCCAUCAUGUGUCCCUCGGGGGUCAUGCUCCAGGUCACAAAAGAGCAGAGGGUGCGGAUCGUCCUUGGCCACAACAACGACUCCAGCCCCUUCUACUGGUGUCGGGAAAACUGGCCCAAUCAGGAGAUGCGGAAAAUCUACACCACCGUCCUCUUUGCAAACAUCUACCUCGCCCCUCUCAGCCUUAUAGUCAUCAUGUACGCCCGCAUUGGCUUCACUCUCUUCAAGACCACUAUUCCUCCCAUGAGGGGCAGUGGAAUUGUGCCUGGAGAAGGGAGUGGUAACAACAAACUGAGCAUGGAAGGUCGUCACACAAUUUCAAGGAAGAAGAAGAGGGUGAUAAUGAUGCUUCUGGUUGUGGCUCUGCUCUUCAUCCUGUCCUGGUUGCCUCUCUGGACGCUGAUGAUGCUGAGUGACUAUGCCAGCCUGACAGAGCACCAGUAUCGUGUCAUUAAUAUCUACGUGUAUCCCUUAGCUCACUGGUUGGCCUUCUUCAACAGCAGCGUCAACCCCAUCAUCUAUGGGUUCUUCAAUGAGAACUUUCGCAGAGGCUUUCAGGCAGCUUUCAAAUUCCAGCUGUGCUCUGCUGACAUUGAACGCCAGAAGACCUACUCCCAUCGGAUCAGAGGGAACGCUGUGCUGCCGGUCCAGCCCGCCACACUCAGCAGAUCAGGCUCAGGAGUCAGAUCAGUGUUAGUGGGGAAUGGGAAGUGCUCAUGUCAGGAAAGGGAGUGUUUGGCUGGUAGAAAUGACACCAAAGAACAGGACCUGAUCAUGGAAGAUCUGGAAAAGGUGUCCCAGGUUUAG